UUUGGCCAGGACCCACCUCUUUUAAGAAUUUGUGUUCACUGAGAGGAGCUUACUUAGAUCGUGCACUCAGUUUUUGUGCUGUGACAAUACACAGUGUUGGGUUUUUGGGUUGUUGUUUUUUUUUUGUUUACUAGAUGCAUCUGGGGUUUUUUAUACAUUAUACCAAAUUAGUGUAAUUUACAAAGGAAUGGCUUGAAACUACGGAUUUGGUUACUACUUGAAACGAUUACAAUGCAUAGAUCUCUCAGUUUGAGAUUAUCCAAAGUACUACAUGAUUACAGCUACCCAGUGGAGAGCGGGACUCUCCUCAUGAAAGCCAAGAAGGAGAAGAUGGUGAAAAAGAAGCUGGAACAAAAGAAAGCCUUUAGUCUGGAGGAAGCUCAGCUCGAGAUGGAGCAGCAGAGCAAGUGCCAGAGCAGGCCGGCCCUGCCCAGGUCUCAGACAAUUGGAGGACCUUUGGAAAGGAACGACAGCAUGAACUCAAGAAGUAGCUUCAUGAAGCACAACAAAACUUUCCACAAACUCUUUCCAGACAUCCCUGAGAGCGAAGACUUAUUACACGCCUACAUCUGUGCUCUGCAGAGAGAGGUACCAUACCAUGGUCGUCUCUAUAUCACAGAAAACAACGUGUGCUUUCACUCCUCUGUUCUUCUCAAGGCCACCAAGGUGGUGAUCCCCGUGUCUAAUAUCACUGUGCUGAAGAAGCAGAACACAGCGCUGCUGGUGCCAAACGCUCUGUCCAUCCGCAGCAACCUGGGAGAAAAGUAUUUGUUCGUGUCUCUGCGGAACCGCGAAGGCUGCUACAGGCUGCUGUGCGCUGUUUGCUUACAUCUGGAGGAUGGCAGCCCCAACAGCAGCCCUCUUUUCUCGUCCGCCGAGAACAGCUUCGAUCAGGGCAAACUGGUGAACUCAAGUCAGUCAAGCCUGACUGAUGCCUGCGAGGAGCUUGAUGGAACAGAUUCUGGUCUUUUACUGCAACCUUCACCUACUAUACUUCACAGAGCCUCAAUCUCGAAUGGAAGUCCUUCAAAUUUAAGAAGUCCUCGCAGAGAUGAUGAGAGUCCGACAGAGGAGCACACGGGGGGCUCAUGGAUGUGGAGUGUGACUGACGGAGCCAGAUCACUGCUCAUCCAGAGAGGAGCCACCAACCUCAACACCCUGCUGCUCAUUUACUUAAUGCUGGUGGUGCUGCUCGUGUUGUCCUCUGGGUACAUCGGCCUGCGUAUUGUGGCUCUGGAGGAACAGCUGACCACUCUAGGAGCCUUGCCUGAAUUCACCCUACACAGCGGGUACAAGGACACAUAAACAUGCCGGUGAAAGGAGAGACUUAUUUAUCUGAUGACCGUGAGGAGGAUUGACGGUUUCUGAUGGUGUCUGUCCAUAUUUCAGCAUUUCUCAGACCCCAGUAGAGCCAAAGUGCUGUGAGUAUUAUUCACUCAGCAAGAAGAAAACCAAAGCGCUCUGUGACUCCGCAUCCUACCAGGAGUCUUGUGACGUUUUUCCUCCCGAUGAACCAAAGACUCUGCUCUGAGCCGGACGGCAGGGCGGCACUCUAAUGACAGCGAAAACAGAAACCAAGCAGUUUCUAAAGAAUGGCUGUCUGCUAGUGUAACCCGUUUACACUUUGUUUCAGGCUUUUCCUCCUUUUCCUCUCAACUUGAUUGAUGAUUGAGGCUCUCAUCCUUUCUGUUCAAGCUCCUCUCGUGAAGAUGAUUUUUCUCUCUUUCGAAUCACCAGGUGGCAGUAUUCUACCUUGCUUUGGCAUGAUUCAGAAAUUCAUGAACGAUUCUUGCUCAGUGGCCUAUCUUUUCCCCUUUUCCCUUCUUUUGUUUUUUUUUUUCUCUCCGUAAUUUAUGGAUGUAUGCAUCUUCUAUGCACAAAAUCUCCCGAUCAGGUAUUUUUAGCCUCUUUUGUUUGUCUGUCUGUUUUGUACUUUGGUAGAACAAAGUAGUCGAUGGCCGUUUCUAAUCAGAUGAACUGUUAAAAAGAUCUAGAGGCACUGUGCAGCCCAGACGGGAAGUUUUUGAGAUUCACCACACAAAAAGACUCUGAGCGAAACUGCCAAAGAAAAAAAGAGAGAGAGAAACAUACUUGUCACAUUUCAAAACCUGACAAACCUUUGACAAGGUCCAAUAUAUGCAUGGUUGGUGUGAGUGUACAUACGAUUGUAGAAUAAGAGACUUGAAGCAAAUCAGUGCACUUUAAUGUGUGUGGAUAGUACGCAGGCAUCAAACUGUACAAUGAGGAAGUCUGCUAUCAUCAACCGGAUCUGGAGUAAUAUUCCGGCAUUAUGCUUCAUUCCACCUGCACAUACUUGUGCUUUACUGUGUAUCAGGGUGUCCACAGGUAUACAAUUUUACAUUCUAGUUACAAUGUUUCAGACAACUGUUAUAUAUAGAAAAUAUUAAAACAUUUGCACAUAAGGAACAUACUUGAAUUAUAUGUAUUUUGCGUUAAGAAAAAGACUAAACAUGUUAGUGCGUUUAAAGCUUUAAUAUGCUAUUUUUUUGUUCUCUAUAUUCGGACAGAUGUUUUAAGCGGCAAGAAUGAAAAUUAUUGAAUUUCCAUUUCCCCAAAUCCUAGCCCAAUAGCAGGAAGCUAACACUGACUUGAUUUAACACACUCGUCUGGUACAAGUGACCCUGGUAUUAUCCAGUAUCAAAUAUUUUCAAAACCGAGUCACAUGAGAAAACUAAGUCAAUCAUGCCCGAUUUGGAAUAGCCUAAGAUCUUGGACAUAUUCGACUUUGGCCUUGGAUUUGUACUAUAAGUAGUCUCAGAUGUGUGGACACUCUGGUGCACUUUGUCUUUCAAUCUCUAGCCACUAAAGGGGGGUAGAUUUGAGCUCAUCUCUAGUUGACAGGUUUCCAUUUUACAGUUGACCUGUAAAAUGUUGGCGAGUUCACACCAGCCAGAGCAACUUGAAUAUCAUCAUGCAGAUAUGGUUGUUACGGCGUCAUUUUGUAGACUAGUUGAUCAUAAGCUCGCUACACUGCUUAAUGUCAGCCGUGCAUCCUGUGGAAGUCCACAAGCAAAGGUCAGCCAUCUUGCACAUAGAUAACGGUGCGUGUAGCUGAAACGGAGUACAAUGCCGGCUCCAGAUGGUGCUAAAGAGUCUUUUACUCAGGGCUUCUCACACUCGGCGCCCUGUUUCUUGCAAUCCCUUACAGUGUACAUCUGCGCGUUCUCAGCUCAGCUCAUAAAGAAUUAGCUAAUAAUUUAAGUAAAGUGUGUUAUAGCAUGGAAAGAACAUGUUGAAUGCAUCUCUGGGAUUUCCUCUCCAACCUCUCUCAUCUGCUGUUCCUUUAUCAGAGUAGCACAAUGCUAAGUCCAGUUGUGUUGAUUACUAAUUACAAUGUCUGUGUAACACCAGGAUGGUCUAUUUUAUUUAUUUAAAAUCUAUCUAUCUAUACCCCCAAUACAAGGUGCAUGUUGAUCAUCCCGCUGGGGUAUUUCAGGCUCCAAUCAGUUCAUUAUGAUUUCCUGAUUGGAUCAUUUUAUUUUCAUCUAGUAACAAGGAAAGAAGUGUUGCACAGAGACUAAAGGUAUUGUACUUGACUCACUCUGAGCUCUAAUUCACUUUCAAUAACAACAAUGCAGGAAUUCAAUGAGUGUAUCAUUUCUGUUUGUACUAUUGAAGGGCAUGUAAAUAUUAUUUUGUAUUGAUUUGUCUUUAAACGAGUCCCCACCGAUUUAUUUAUUGCGUUUUCUGUAAGGCAAAGUGAUCUCUGUGAGACCGGCUUUGAUAUUUGAAUAAAUCAAAUGAUAAGUGCA